AAAUAUUGGCCUAUCCUUUUUGAGUCUUUUCAUAAACCAAGCAAAGAUUUCCUCCACACAAAGGGAAGAUCAAGAACCCUAUCUGCCUAUAAUGGAGGAAAAGCAAAACAACAAAUCUCUUCAAACCCAACUCUAUUACUGGGGAAAUACUCCAACAGAACAAGAUUACUAUAAUCUCCAAGGUAUCAAAUCUACUAAAUCUUUUUUCACUUCACCAAGAAACCUAACCCUAUUCACAAGAUCAUGGCUACCCUCUGCAAAAACCCCUCCACGUGGCAUCAUUUUUAUGGUACAUGGCUAUGGAAAUGACAUCAGUUGGACAUUUCAAGCAACCCCAAUUCAGUUAGCCAAAAAUGGUUUUGCCUGUUUUGCCCUUGAUCUUGAAGGUCAUGGCCAAUCACAAGGUCUUAAAGCUUAUGUACCUAAUGUUGACUUUGUUAUUGAUGAUUGUUUGUCUUUUUACAAUUUUGUACUAACCCAAAAUCCUGAAUUUCAAGAUUUGCCUAAAUUCCUCUAUGGUGAAUCAAUGGGUGGUGCAAUUUGCCUUUUGAUUCACUUAAAAAGUCCUAGUAUGUUUAAUGGUGCAAUUUUGAUAGCCCCCAUGUGUAAAAUUUCAGAUAAAGUUAGACCAAGAUGGCCAAUUCCGCAAUUCUUGACUAUUCUUGCAAAAUUUGCACCUACUUUGGCUAUUGUACCAACAGCUGAUUUAUUGGACAAAUCUGUAAAAGUCCCAGAAAAAAAGAUUAUUGGUGGGAUGAAUCCUAAUAGGUAUGUUGGAAAACCAAGAUUAGGUACUGUACUUGAACUUUUACGUGUGACAGAUUAUGUUAGUAGCAAAUUAUGUGAUGUGAAUUUACCAUUCUUGAUUUUACAUGGAAGUGCUGAUGUUGUAACUGAUCCAGAAGUGAGUAGAGAAUUGUAUCAGUUGGCUAAAAGCAAAGACAAGACACUGAAGAUUUAUGAGGGUAUGAUGCAUUCUUUGUUGUUUGGAGAGACUGAUGAAAAUGUUGAGAUUGUUCGUAGUGACAUAUUGGCUUGGUUGAAUGAUCGGUGCUGAGAAAUCUGUACUUGAGUUCUAUUCAUAGCUAAUUCAUAUUUGUCAUAUUUCUAGUUCAUUAGUUUGUGACAUACUUGUGGUUGAUGCAAACUUUAGAAAUAUUUUGUCUAAGAUUGAUUUAGAUUGGAUUAUCAGUAUUUUUCAGAUGGCAAAGCUUUCUAUGGAGAGCAGAUAUAAAGAUUGCAUAUUUGCUUAUGAAUGAAUCUUGGAUGAAUCAUAUGCUCAGUGUGAUCUUUUCCUAUUUGUCUCGAAUUACGCGAACCUACACAUAUUAGUACAGUAUACCAGGAUUCCCAGCCAGGGUCACACGUGCAAGUUUCGUUACAUGUGGCUCGUCCGUGCUUUUCAGGGCGCUGGAUUGUGACUCAGGAUUGGAGAAGAGGGUGGAACUGCACACACUUCUGUGUUCUGAGCAUUGUUCGAGUGACUUCCAUAUUAGUACGGGAACCUACACAUUAGUACAGAAUACCAGCAUCCCCAGCCAGAGUCACACGUGCAAGUUUCGUUACAUGUGGCUCGUCCGUGCUUUUCAGGGCGCUGGUUGUGACUCGGCAUUGGAGAAGAGGGUGGAACUGCACACACUUUUGUGUUCUGAACAUUGUUCGAGUGACUUCUAUCUUUUUUAGCUGAGGAUCUAUCGGAAACAGCCUCUCUGUCCUUUCAGCCUCUCUGCCCUUACAGGGUAGGGGUAAGGUUGCGUACAUUCAACCCUCCCCAGACCCCACUUGUGGGAUUGGGUUGUUGUUGUUGUUGAGCAUUGUUCUAGUGAGUAGACAGCACCUAUAAAGCAAAGCUUUCUUAAAAAGGCAGGGCUGGUUCCUUGGUGGCAGAAUUAUCUAGUUCUGUUUCGACGGAAUUAUCAGGUACCCGCUGGUGGUAUAUAGCAGGUAUCUGGGAGAAGCCCAAACACCACUAUUAAAAAGAACAUGUUUAUGCUUAAUGGUUCUGACUAUUUUGAAGCAAAAGAGUUAUGUGUACUUUCAA